UUAUGCUUGUUGGAUGGGUGGAAACAAUGGUUCAGCCUUGACUGGAGGUGUUAUUGCUAACAGAGAAGGAAUUCAUGGGCUACCAAGGAUGUGCAGCAAGCCAAUUACUUUGGUUCUCUUACACAGGCCUCUACUAUUCGAGUUGGGUCCUUCAAUGGAUAGGAGAUCUACACUUCCUUUAAGAGCAUACUUCCCAUGGUUAAUCCAUCCAGAUGAUGUAGUGUUUGGAGAAUGGGACAUCAGCAACAUGAAUUUGGCAGAUGACAUGGCAAGAGCUAAUGUUUUUGACAUUGAUCUUCAAAAGCAACUGAGGCCCUACAUGGAAUCCAUGGUCCCAUUCCCUGGUAUCUAUGACCCUGAUUUCAUUGCUGCAAACCAAGGCUCACGUGCUAACAAUGUCAUCAAAGGAACCAAGAAAGAUCAAGUUGAUCAAAUUAUUAAGGAUAUUAGGGAGUUUAAGGAGAACAACAAAGUGGACAAGGUGGUGGUCCUGUGGACUGCCAACACUAAAAGAUACAGCAGUGUGGUUGUUGGCCUUAAUGAUACCAUGGAAAAUCUCUUUGCUUCUGUGGAUAGAAAUGAGGCCGAAAUAUCUCCUUCCACCUUGUAUGCUAUUGCUUGUAUUCUUGAAAAUGUAUCCUUCAUCAAUGGAAGCCCACAAAAUACUUUUGUCCCAGGCCUCAUUGAUUUGGCCAUCAAGAGGAAGACUUAGAUUGGUGGUGAUGACUUUAAGAGUGGUCAAACCAAGAUGAAGUCAGUGGUGGUUGAUUUCCUUGUUGGAACUGGUAUUAAGGUAUGGUAUUAAGGACUAAAGAGACAACUAAUAAAUAUGGCUUAUGCUGCCAUAACAUCUUUCAUGACAACACUUGAGAAGAUGACAAAGAACUAAUAAUGGAAGUGCUCCAUGGAAAACUUGAUUUUUUGAGAACACUUGUUGAAGCAACUUGAUUCAUGUAAAGGUAUCAAUGAAUGAAAGCUUUGAAAUGGCUGCAGAGAAAUGCUUGAAAGAUCUCAUUGCUAGAAGCUUAGUUUUUGUCCAUACAUACACUUCCCGUGGCAAAAUCAAGAGCUGUAGAAUUCAUGAUAUGGUCUAUGGAUUUUUCUGAGAAGAAGCUCAAACUACAAACUUCUUGAACAUUAUCACAGAGAGCAAUGUUCAGUACUAUCAAGUUUCACAGUCCCUCUUCCUUUACCCUAGCUUCACAUCGACGUCGAAUCAAAUCUAGCUGGACGGAUUAUCAAUCAGUCAUUGAUGAUGCUACAGGUUAUAAAGUGCAUUCUAUUAGUAGUAGUAUUUCCUAUGACAAAAGGCUUAACUUUUCAUGUUUUAAGCUACUAAGGGUAUUAGAUAUAAUUUCAGUGCGACAAUUAUGUUAUAAGCCAAAUGGUAUAGAGGGCUUAUUUUGCUUGA